AUGCUGGCCCAGGAAGAGGGGUUGCCUGUCUGGGAAGAGAGUAAGUUGUCCCAUGAAGAGGAGGAGCUGGGCAAGGAAGAGGAGAAAGAGAAGCUGGGCAAGGAAGAGGAAGAGCUGAGUGAGGAAGAGGAUGAGCUGGGCGAGGAAGAGGAGAAGCUGGCUGAGUUCUAUAGGAAGAAGCAGGUACAACAGUUAUGUACUGCUGUCAAGGAGUUAAAGCACCUUUAUCCAAUCAGAAAGGAUGUUCCUACAGCUGUCUACCCCUCUGUGGAUAAAGAAUCCCUGUCCUUGGACUUCCGAGCCUUGAGGGGAAGGGGUGAGCUCCCCAAAUUUCACAAGGCAAAGAAGAAAGCCCAGCCCAGCCCUGCACCAGUGUUACCAUCAACUACCAAGAGAAUUCAAGACCCAAAGGCUAUAACUUGGCAACUCUUAGGAGAGCCUUACAGGAGUGCAUGGGCACAGCAGUUAUCCAAUGUUCUCAAAGAGAUGGAAGUGCGACCUUUUUAUCCUGCCACAAGAGACAUUUUCACAGGUGCCCAUACCUCUGUGGAAAAACAAACUCUAGCACUGAGGUUUCAGAAGGAUCUCAGGGCUUUUAAGGGUAAAGGCACCCUCAAGUUGCCCCAAUUGGAGAAGAAGGCACAGCCCGUCUCUAAAGAAAAAGAAGAGCUGCCUCAGUGGGAGACAUUUGUGGCAUUGUACCAUGUUUUGCAGAUGUUGCAGGAGCGAUAUGCUAAAGACAGUGCUGCUUGGAUGGAUCUGUUCUACCGUCUCAUGGACCUGUACCAACUUAAGUCCCCCCGAAUCCAGAGGCUGCUACUAGAGUUGCUGCAGAGAAAGAAACUCCAACCACAAGAGACCAUCUACAAAAAGGCCCUGAAAACCAAGGAGUUGGUACUUGGUGAACGGUUAUUCUAUGGCCUGUUUUGUGGUAGUUCUCAUGCCCCUGCAGGUCCCCUUGAGUUCCAGAAUGUUGUACCCUUGCCUGGGCAGAAUAGGGUGCAUACUAUCCAACCUGUGGGCAUCGCCCAGUAUGGGUUCUUAGAACUUGCCUGGAAAAGGCUACCACAAGUCAAUCCUUACUGA